AUGCUGCGUUGUCGAAGGUUAGACAAUUGCACGGUGCACCACAUCCCGGAGCUUCACCUCAGGAAUGUGGAGUUGCAGUUCUUUCCUCCAAAUGCGACUUCCGUCAUCCAGCUCCUUGAUCAGGGGAUCAUCAACAAUGUGAAAUGCGCAUAUAAGCGUAGGGUCAUCGAGAAGCUCCUGCUGAAGUUUGGAAUCAAACGUGAAACCAAGAUCGACGUGUACAUGGCAGUCGAGAUGGUGGCAGCAUUGUGGAGAGCAACCUGGCCCUCGAUCAUUGGGAACCGUUUCCGGCAUGCUGGCUUCUGCACUUCUACUUCUGAGGCUGCGUCGGGCUCCACAAGCCUGCAACGUGAGCAGGAAGAGGCAUCGCCCAGUUGUUGGGAAGAACUUCAUCGGUGUGAUGAGGCAGCCGCAAAUCAGAACUUCGACGACUUCGUGAACGCCAACGCAGACACGGACACUGACACAACAGAAGUCCUCAAUGACGAAGAAAUC